UUUAUGAAGAGUAGCGGAGUUUGGUGAGCGACAGGAACUACCGCGGUGACGUUUGAUGACAGCCUCGCCGCCCCAACAGUGCAUUCUGGGUCCAACCCAAGAUGGCUGCGCCCUUGUAGAAGUGCUGAAGAAGUGCCUCUCCGGAGAAAUUCUCGGGAUUGUGUGGGAUUUCCGCGAAAACCGUCGCACCAAAUCAGCUACCAGGGUCGCUGGUUUGUGGAAGGAGACCACACGACCCCAGUCAUCGAUACGUGCGGCCGGUGCUUCGUGUGGCUGUGGCAGACUGUCCGUGUGAAGAUGGGCCUCGUCUCCAGCCCCUUCCCAUAGCGAAGAGCCGUGGGGAGAGGAGCCGCAGAUUCCCCUGCAAACACGCACCAGUCCAGCUUGGAUUUGACGGGUUUGACAUACUAUACCGGCUGUGGACGCUGCCCUACAAUUUUCUGACCAGGAUUAUUUGUGCGACCGUGUCGGUCAUCGUCCGGAGACGGAGAGGUUCCUCAGCCCGGGUUGAUAAUCCCACCGCACCAAGGGCCCUGAUGAAAAUGGACUCAGACUUGCUCCACUCACCGGCCGUGGGCCUCGCAGAGGAAGAGGAGGCCGACAUGAAUGACUGGAAACUUCCAUUGGCCUUCAUGAAGAAACGACACUCUGAGAAGAUUGAGGGCUCCAAGGCCUUAGCGCAGAGCUGGAGGAUGAAGGACAGGAUGAAGACUGUGAGUGUAGCGCUUGUGCUGUGUCUCAACGUGGGAGUGGACCCUCCUGAUGUGGUCAAGACCUCCCCCUGUGCCAGACUGGAGUGUUGGAUAGAUCCUCUGUCGAUGAGUCCACAGAAAGCCCUGGAGACCAUCGGGGCCAACCUGCAGAAGCAAUACGAAAACUGGCAACCCAGGGCACGUUACAAGCAGAGUCUUGACCCCACGGUGGACGAAGUGAAGAAGCUGUGCACGUCACUGAGACGCAACGCCAAGGAGGAGCGAGUCCUCUUCCACUACAAUGGCCACGGGGUGCCACGUCCCACUGUCAAUGGAGAGAUCUGGGUCUUCAAUAAGAACUACACCCAGUACAUCCCGCUGUCCAUCUACGACCUGCAGACGUGGAUGGGGAGCCCGUCCAUUUUUGUCUACGACUGCUCCAAUGCCGGAAUCAUUGUCAAGUCGUUUAAACAGUUCGCCCUGCAAAGAGAGCAGGAGCUGGAGGUGGCAGCCAUCAAUCCCAGCCACCCACUUGCCCAGAUGCCCCUGCCGCCCUCCAUGAAGAACUGCAUCCAGCUGGCUGCCUGCGAGGCCAGCGAGCUGCUGCCCAUGAACCCCGACCUCCCAGCCGACCUCUUCACCUCCUGCCUCACCACGCCCAUCAAGAUCGCCCUCCGAUGGUUUUGUAUGCAGAAGAGUGCCAAGUUGGUGCCAGGGGUGACGUUAGACCUCAUCGAGAAGAUCCCUGGCAGGCUCAACGACAGACGCACUCCCCUCGGAGAGCUCAACUGGAUCUUCACAGCCAUCACCGACACGAUCGCCUGGAAUGUGCUGCCUAGAGAUUUGUUCCAGAAGUUAUUUCGUCAGGACCUGCUGGUGGCCAGCUUGUUUCGCAAUUUCCUUUUAGCAGAGAGGAUAAUGAGGUCAUACAACUGUACACCGGUCAGCAGUCCCCGUCUGCCCCCUACAUACAUGCACGCCAUGUGGCAAGCGUGGGACCUGGCCGUGGACAUCUGCCUCUCUCAGCUGCCCACUAUCAUUGAGGAGGGCACUGCCUUCAGACACAGUCCUUUCUUCGCGGAGCAGCUGACGGCGUUUCAGGUGUGGUUGACGAUGGGCGUGGAAAACAGAAACCCUCCUGAGCAGCUCCCUAUUGUACUGCAGGUCCUCCUUAGUCAGGUGCAUCGGCUACGGGCUCUAGACCUUCUCGGACGGUUUCUGGAUCUGGGUCCCUGGGCUGUGAGUCUGGCCCUGUCUGUGGGGAUCUUCCCCUACGUAUUAAAGCUGCUCCAGAGUUCAGCCAGAGAGCUGCGGCCGCUGCUGGUUUUCAUCUGGGCUAAGAUCCUGGCUGUGGACAGUUCAUGUCAAGCUGACCUUGUGAAAGACAACGGACACAAGUACUUCCUGUCAGUGUUGGCUGACAGUUACAUGCCAGCCGAACAUCGGACCAUGGCUGUCUUCAUAUUGGCUGUUAUCGUCAACAGCUACAACACAGGACAGGAAGCCUGUCUGCAGGGUAACCUAAUAGCCAACUGCCUGGAGCAGCUGUCAGACCCCCACCCUCUGCUCCGCCAGUGGGUAGCCAUUUGCCUGGGCCGUAUCUGGCAGAACUUUGACCCGGCACGCUGGUGUGGAGUUCGGGACAGCGCCCACGAGAAGCUCUACACCCUGCUGUCGGAUCCCAUCCCAGAGGUGAGGUGUGCGGCUGUUUUUGCUCUGGGGACGUUUGUGGGAAACUCUGCUGAGAGAACAGACCACUCCACCACUAUCGACCACAACGUGGCCAUGAUGUUGGCCCAGCUCAUUAACGAUGGCAGCCCUGUGGUCCGCAAGGAGCUGGUUGUUGCACUGAGUCACCUGGUCGUCCAGUAUGAGAGCAACUUCUGUACAGUUGCCCUCCAGUUUAUAGAAGAAGAGAAGAACUACACAGUGCCGUCACCAGCCAACACCGCAGAGCCUGGUAACCUGACUCCAGUGAGGGACAGCCCGGCCAUCCCACGCUUACGAUCGGUCAACUCCUACACCAACAUCCGAGCUGCCACCAGUGCCCGCAACCUGAACAAGAGCCUGCAGAACCUCAACCUCAAUGAAGAGGGUGGACCAGCAGCCUUUUCUCCCGGUAACUUGAGCACCAGCAGCAGUGCCAGCAGCACCCUGGGGAGCCCCGACAACGAUGAGUACAUCCUCUCCUUCGAAACGAUUGACAAAAUGCGACGGGUGUCCUCCUAUUCUUCACUCAACUCGCUCAUAGGUGUGUCCUUCAACAGUGUUUACACUCAGAUCUGGAGAGUGCUGCUACAUCUCGCUGCAGACCCUUUUCCUGAAGUGUCGGAUCUGGCCAUGAAGGUCCUCAACAGCAUAGCAUACAAGGCAACAAUGAACGCUCGCCCUCAGAGGAUCCUGGACUCUGGUUCUCUCACUCAGUCGGCCCCAGCCAGCCCCACCAGCAAGGGAACACACAUCCACCAGGCUGGCGGGUCUCCUCCCAUGCCCAGCACCAGCAGCUCCAGUCUGACUAAUGAGGUGCCCAAACCCCCCGCCAGAGAGCAGCCGGCCACACGGCCUCCCUACACCCCCACAUUGGGAGGGCAGGCACCCCACUCACACCAGUUCCCCCGCACUCGCAAGAUGUUUGACAAGGGACCUGAGCAGGCAGCUGAGGAUGGGGACGACCCCGGAGGUCACAGGAACUACAUCAGUCCUUCCCUCCAGACGGGCCUGUGUGAUUGGAGCGCCAAGUAUUUCGCCCAGCCUGUCAUGAAGAUCCCAGAGGAGCAUGACAUGGAGAGUCAGGUGAGGAUGGAGCGGCAGUGGAGGUUCCUGAGAAACAGUCGUGUGAGAAGGCAGAGCCGAGGCAUCACACAAAGAGGUGUUUCCCGUCUAGAUGAUCAAAUAUUCAUCAACCGCAACCCUGGAGUACCGUCUGUUGUGAAGUUCCACCCCUUCAACACCUGCAUCGCCGUGGCUGACAAGGACAGCAUCUGUUUCUGGGACUGGGAGAAGGGCGAGAGGCUGGAUUACUUCUACAACGGAAACCCUCGUUACACUCGCAUAACAGCCAUGGAGUACCUGAACGGACAUGACUGUUCAUUACUGCUCACUGCAACAGAUGACGGAGCGUUACGUAUCUGGAAGAACUUUGCCGACCAGAAGAACCCGGAGAUGGUGACGGCGUGGCAGGGCCUUUCGGACAUGCUGCCCACUACCAGAGGUCAGCCCUCCGCCAGCGCUCACAGUCUGGCCAGAAGGGUCUCCAUCUAUCUUGACAGGAGUAAGCAAGGAGGUGCAGGCAUGGUCGUUGACUGGGAGCAGGAGACGGGUCUCCUUAUGACGUCUGGAGAUGUCCGAGUAAUCAGGAUCUGGGACACUGACAGGGAGAUGAAGGUCCAGGACAUCCCAACAGGAGCAGACAGCUGUGUGACCAGCCUUUCCUGCGAUUCCCAGCAUUCGCUCAUCGUCGCCGGCCUGGGUGACGGAUCUGUACGUGUAUUCGACAGGAGGAUGGGUCCAAAUGACUGUCGGGUGAUGACCUACAGGGAGCAUGGAGCCUGGGUGGUCAAAGCUCAUCUACAGAAGGAGACGGACGGACAUAUUAUCAGCGUCAGUGUUAACGGAGAUGUUCGAUUCUUUGAACCGCGGACACCAGACUCCAUCAACGUGCUGCAGACAGUGAAGGGGUUAACUGCUCUGGACAUCCACCCACAGGCCAACCUGUUCGCCUGUGGAUCGAUGAACCAGUUUAUAGCAGUCUACAACAUUAACGGCGAUGUGAUCAGCAACAUAAAGUACUAUGAUGGCUUCAUGGGACAAAGGAUUGGGGCCAUCAGCUGUUUAGCCUUCCAUCCUUACUGGCCCCACUUGGCUGUAGGCAGCAACGACUACUACAUGUCCAUCUACUCAGCAGAGAAGAGGCUCAGAUAACACACCAGCAUUCAUCACCCCCCAUCUCCCCAACAAAACCACCAUAUGACUUCUGACCCUGAGCCUCGAGCUCCGGGAUGUAAAUGACAUUUUUGUUGUACAUAUGCAAUUACCACCCUGAAUGUUCUAGUAAUGGCUGCUGACAAAAACUCAUGCUACGAACGAUAUAUAUUAUUAUUAUUAUUAUUAUUUCUCAUUGUUUAUUCAUGUUCUUAUUAUGAAGCUAAUGAUUGUAGACUUGGCUGUGCUGAGGAGUGUGUAUAUUUAAAUAGCGUAUACAGAGGAAUAGAGGUUCUAUUUUAAAGAAGUGGUACCCUCGAUCACUGGGGCUCCUCCUCGCCGCGCAGCGAGCAUCACUACCUGAAUGAACUGUAAACCCCAACGAAAGUGGCAAGUGGGGGUAGGGCGGCCGCACAGAGGACGACACACACUGUUAAAACACAUUCACUGGUGCAGGAAACACAGACUCGCCCUCCGCUGGACCCCGGGGUGUUUAUAAAUUAAUUUUAAUGACCGUCUUGCAGUCAAAGGACACAGCUUUGCUCCUUUGCUGCCCCCCUGGCAAGACUUUGGUAUGGACGGACCCAGAGACGGUGGACUGUGCCCAUUCUUGCCUGACACGGCGACCAGGCAGACAUGAUGAGUGUUUGUUUGUGCGUGUGUGUGUGUUAAAGUGGAUUAUAGCACAGAUGCGCCCCAUAGUGGGCCUUCACAGCCUUGGACUGAAUCGAUGCCCCAAAAAUGCUUGCUUCCAUGCUUGAACUCUCCUUCUCUACCUGACCCCAGCGUGCCAAACAUAUACUCAUAUUUUCCAUGCAAGAUCCUUUCUUGUGGCUCAGAGGGAUGUUUUUGUUGGUUUAUUUGUUUUUUAAUUCAUCACCUGUAAAAAAAAAAAAAAAAAAAAGGGAAGACCUCCAUCGCCCCUAGGAUGAUACAACCUCUUUAUAUCUAGCAGAUGUAAGAGGAGGGCUAGAUUGGUAGAACCUAAGCACCCAGUCCUUUAGUGAGCCUUAGGUACCUGCCUUCCUGCCCUGCAAAGCAAUAAAAAAAAAAAAAGCUCCCAUGAUUCAGCCUCAAGCUCCUCCCUCGACGCUUCCAAUAAAAAAUAGCAUUUCACUUUGAGGCGAUAACAGCACCGCAUGCCGCCGUUAGCUUAGGACAGUUCCUAGAACCCAACCCAGAGGUGCCACAGUAAAGCAAUACAAACACACUAAUUUCCAUUCAUAGCAGUGUAAAUUCUUUUUUAUAUAUAUAUACACACACACACACACACACUUAGAGUGCCAGAUAGGUGUGUUUUACCCCAUCUACUACCAGUGACAGGAAAGACAUCAAUCAAAUUGAUUUUCCUGAAAUUGUCUAAACUUUCCGCUAAUCAAUAUGUCCAAAUCCUCCAGGCACCGUAGGUUUAGAGACCUUCUAGGUUAUGUGACUCACCACACUAGGGAUCACCUGCCCCCCCCACCAUCUUUGAGUUUUUAUUUUGAGUUUAUUGUGUGGUUGGAUUGUGUUUAACAAAGUUAGAGGCAUAACGUGAAUAGCAUGUUAAUGGGUGGCAUCAGAUCUGGACCUGUACAUGCUCACUUUGUCAAGUUUUAGUCAGCGUCCUAAAUCUCGCUCAGGAACUUCAUGAGCCCCCUAAAACUGAUGUCGAGCAACUGCCAGCCCUCUCCAGCAUGGACAGGUCAGUCAGUGUCACUCCACAGAUCAUUGAAAUUGUUGACGUAAAUGUCAUUGUGGUGCUGUUUGAUGAAGACGCUUCUUUAUUAGAAAGGAGUUUUGUUUUUUUGUGUGCAGUAUCACCGUUGACGUGCCUCAUCUCUGGGGCUGCAGCUUUGCUUCUUUAGCUUCUUUUUUAUUUUUAACCGUUUUCUUUCUGUUUUGCAAUUUUAGGUUUUUAAUUCUGCUGGCAUUUUGUUUGCCUUAGCCUCAGUGAGGUGGAGAGAAACAAGUGGGGACAGCCUUACUCUGACACACUCACUGCACUAAAAUUGCUCCCGCCGUGCCCCCUUUCAUUGCCAACGUAACCCAACAGCCUCCUUUCUUUCCUGCCAUGCUCACCUCACCCCUUCUGCAUCAGACUUGGGCUUUGCUUUACCCCCGCAGAAGGUAUGGACGUUUGGACUGAAAGUGAACUGGGAACACGCACCAAACCGUCUGUAUAAGCGGCUGCAAUUGCAGUCACCACAAUAGUCCCCACCGACACCCCAUCACUGAGCUCAUCUGCUUCAUUGGCUCAGCCAAAAUAGUGCAUUUUGGCGUCGGGCCAUUUGCUCAGAAUCACAUUCAUCUCUAAGUAUACUGCUUUGAGUUUUAAGAUUUUAGAUCUGAAGAAAAAGAAGAGACUUUAAGAAAGAAGUAAGAGAGGAAAAAUGAAAACAAUCAGGUUUGUCUCUGUGACUUUAGACUGACUGUGGUUUAUAAGACAGGAGAUGAAAUCAAUUAAAUAAACCAAAUACAACACCGGA